AUGGCGGAUAACUCAAGCUCGAAAGACUAUCGAUACGAUGGCACCUUGGAUCGCGACGACAUCCCGUUGAAGGAGACUGGGACUGAAGAAAGUGAUGAAGACGAAAAGCAAGAGUACCCGCCCAAAUCGAAGCUUGUUCCGAUUUUGAUAGGGCUGUGCUUCCAGUCUUUCUGCAUUGCACUGGAUAACACUGUCCUUUCGACGGCCGUGCCCAAGAUCACCGAACAAUUCAACUCCCUAGGCGACAUUUCCUGGUAUGCCAGCGCCUACCUCCUGACAACGUGCGCGGUCACUUUACCUUUCGGCAAGAUAUACACGUACUAUUCGACAAAAUGGACAUACUUGAUCGCACUCGCCUUAUUUGAAGCCGGGUCCUUGAUAUGCGCAGUAACGCCCUCGUCGAAGGGGUUAAUCUUUGGACGCGCAAUCGCUGGUGUUGGUUCCGGUGGUCUAUCCCCCGGUGCUCUCCUGGUUCUCGCAAACAGCGUGCCCCUUCACCGUCGCGCAAUCUAUUUCGGGGUUAUUGGGAGCACUAGUGGAAUCGCGACGAUUACUGGACCACUACUUGGUGGAGUUUUGACCGAUCAUGCUAGCUGGAGAUGGUGCUUCUGGAUCAAUUUACCUUUUGGAAUUUUGACUGCCUUCGUUAUCAUGCUAUUCUUCGCCGACACAACGAAAAAGGACAAGCUCAAGACUAGCCGAUUGAACCAACUGAAGCGGAUGGACCCGUUGGGGAUUGUUACUUUUGUUCCGGCGAUUGUUUCAUUGUUGCUAUGUCUUCAGUGGGGCGGGACAAAAUACGAUUGGAACGACGUUCGAAUUAUUGUCCUUUUCGUUCUGUUUGGGGUGUUCGCCUCCAUGUGGGCCAUAAUCCAGGUUUGGAAACAGGACGAUGCUACAGUACCACCGCGUCUUCUCAAAAAUCGCAAUGUUCUCGGGGCAGUGGUUCAUGCCACGUUCUUGGGUGGUUCAUUCUUUGUGUUUGGUUACUAUCUCCCCAUUUGGUUCCAGGCAGUCAAAGAAGAUACCGCCUCAGAGUCCGGAAUCAACAACCUUCCCAUGGUUGUAUCGAUGAUUGUCUGCUCUGCUUUGGGUGGGGUUCUUGUGAACGUGGUUGGAUACUAUACACCCCUCAUGUUCGCAGGAAGCGCCUUUUUAACCGUCGGAUCCGGUUUAUGCACGAGUUUGACGGUCGGCAGCGGCGUUCCACUCUGGGUUGGGUAUCAGGUAAUUUUGGGAAUCGGUGCAGGAGUUGGAUUCCAACAGUGCAUCAAUGCAUUGCAGACUGUACUCCCCUUGCAUGAUAUCCCGGUUGGCAUUGCCAUCAUCACUUUCGCCCAAAGCUUAAGUGGAGCUAUGUUCAUUUCGAUUGCUCAGACUGUGUUCGAGAAUCGUCUGGUUGCAAGCAUUAUUGAACAUGCCCCGAAGGCCAGUCCGCAGGCCUUGAUAAAAGCUGGAGCUGCUCAUUUGUCAGAAAGGGUGCCGAAGGAUGUUCUUCCUUCGGUGCUCUACGCCUAUAAUGUUGCCAUCACACAAACCUUCUAUGUCUCCGUUGCAGCUGCGAUCUUAUCUUUUGUCGGAGCAGGGCUCGUUGAGUGGAAGUCUAUGAAAAGACGCCAGAAGAUUGAUUGUCAGGAUUGA